GUUCCCAACGCAGAAUGCGUACUGCGUCGGUGUCGUACUUGGUCAGUACUUGGUCAAAGCUGCUCUGACAGACCAGACGACAUGUGUUUUGUUUGUGCUGUGCUGUUGCUCUCAUGUAUGGCAUGAACGCACAAGCUUUUGGGUACAAGUGCAACUCCAGACCUGGCCGAGAGAUGCUGAACCUUCUUUGCUGAUGCUAGUUUGCUUCGGAGGAAUCAUCAAUAUCAACCUGAGGUGCCCCGUCUGAAGAUAAUCUGAAGAUAAAAAUGCCUGAGAUCAAAAUAAUUCCCUUGGGUGCCGGUCAAGACGUCGGCAGGAGUUGCAUCCUUCUCAACAUUGGAGGCAAGAAGAUCAUGCUGGACUGCGGCAUGCACAUGGGCUACCAGGAUGAACGGAGGUUCCCUGACUUCUCAUACAUCACACCUGAAGGCCCUGUCACUGGUUACAUUGAUGCCAUAAUUAUAUCUCAUUUCCACUUGGACCACUGUGGAGCUCUGCCAUAUCUGACUGAAAUGGUAGGGUACAAUGGGCCCAUCUAUAUGACACAUCCAACGAAAGCCAUCGCUCCAAUUCUCCUGGAAGACAUGCGCAAGGUUUCUGUUGAGCGGAAGGGGGAAAGUAAUUUUUUCACAUCACAAAUGAUUAAGGACUGCAUGAAGAAAGUGAUUGCUGUGACUUUGCAUCAAUCUGUCAUGGUUGAUAACGAACUAGAGAUCAAAGCUUAUUAUGCUGGCCAUGUACUUGGUGCUGCUAUGUUCUGGAUAAGAGUCGGCAAUCAAUCUGUUGUAUACACAGGAGAUUACAACAUGACCCCAGAUCGCCACCUGGGAGCUGCUUGGAUUGACAAGUGUCGUCCUGAUGUAUUGAUAACAGAAUCUACCUAUGCAACUACUAUAAGAGAUUCCAAACGUUGCAGGGAAAGAGACUUUUUGAAAAAAGUUCACGAAUGUGUUGAAAGAGGAGGCAAAGUAUUGAUACCUGUUUUUGCAUUGGGUCGAGCUCAAGAAUUGUGUAUUUUGCUAGAGACAUACUGGGAACGUAUGAAUCUAAAAGUCCCCAUAUACUUUGCUGUUGGUCUCACUGAAAAGGCAAACAACUACUACAAGAUGUUUAUCACAUGGACAAAUCAGAAGAUUCGCAAGACAUUUGUGCAACGCAAUAUGUUUGACUUCAAACACAUCAAACCAUUUGACAAAGGAUACAUAGACAACCCUGGUGCUAUGGUAGUGUUUGCUACACCUGGCAUGCUGCACGCUGGACUUUCUCUCCAGAUAUUUAAAAAAUGGGCCCCAAAUGAAAACAAUAUGGUGAUAAUGCCAGGCUUCUGUGUUCAAGGAACUGUUGGUCAUAAAAUAUUAAAUGGUUCAAAGAAAGUGGAAAUGGAAAAUCGUCAAUUUGUUGAAGUCAAAAUGUCUGUCCAAUACAUGUCCUUCUCAGCACAUGCUGAUGCCAAGGGCAUAAUGCAGCUGAUCCAAUACUGUGAGCCUCGCAAUGUUUUACUUGUUCAUGGUGAAGCAGCCAAAAUGGAAUUUUUGAAGGAAAAAAUUAAACAAGAGUUUAAAAUUGAUUGCUUUAUGCCAGCCAAUGGAGAAACUUGUGUAAUUCAAACACCCCAUAAAAUUCCUAUUGAUGUCUCUCUUCCUCUUCUGAAGGCAGAGUCUGUCAAGUACAAUGCUCAGCCUCCAGACCCUAAACGACCAAGAAUAAUCCAUGGUGUUCUUGUGAUGAAGGACAAGUCCACAUGUUUGAUGGAUGUGGAUGAGGCAUGUAAAGAAGCAGAUAUCAGCAGACACAUGGUGCGAUUUACAUCAACAGUAAGGUUGGAAGAUUUUGGACCAGCUGCUAGAACCACCGAUAAGCUUCUCUUACUUGUCCAGGAAAAGCUCAAAGGCUGGAAUGUCCUUUAUCAGGAGGGAAAUAUAUCCAUCGAGUCUGUUCUAGUUAAAGUGGAGGGCGCAGAUGAUGAAACCAAAACUGUAUAUAUUUCUUGGACAAAUCAGGAUGAAGAAUUAGGAAGUUUCAUACUUGAACUCAUUCAAACAAUGGGACACUGACAGUGAACCUUAGUGCUAGAGACUUGGAGUCUGUCUCUUUACUGAAGUAUUUUUGUCAAGACUGUUAUUGCAGAGUGCUUUAUGAAGGUGUUUGGAAUUGUUACAGUAAUAAUAAUUUUUGUUGAUGGCUCAAACCCUAUGUCCAGUGAAUUUUGAGAUAUUUCUUACUGUAUAGAGAUGAUUUAGAGGUCCAUUUUUCUGUAUUUGUGCCAGUUUAGUACGUAAUUUUCAUGUAAAUGUACAUUUUUCUAGAAAAUUAAAUGAAUAUUAAAAACUAAUUUUCAUCUGUAAAUACA